GCAACACAAUGAGUUUGCAAGCUAAACGAACCUGUAUUAAAGUUAGUGUAGCUGGAGCCUGGUCAGCUGUUAGAAUGAAGCAACAACGCACACAGAUUAAUUUACCCUGUAUUGUUUUAAAUGCGGUAACAAUUGAACCUAUUGAUGCUACAAAAACGAGACGUUAAGGAGUGCUGUACAGUCUUUUGGAGAUGUCGUCUUUGUGUGGCACCAGCAACAGUUGCCAAGAUGCAGGUCAACAGCCAGCUGAGAAACAGGAGAAGGAGCAUCCUCGUCUUCUCAUCCCGGAGUUGUGCCGACUCUUCUACCAGCUGGGAUGGGUGACGGGGACGGGCGGCGGCAUCAGCCUGAGACGAGGAGAGCAGAUCUACGUUGCACCAUCAGGCGUCCAGAAAGAGAGAAUACAGCCAGAAGACAUGUUUGUGUGUGACAUGGAAGAGAGGGACAUCAGCUGUCCACCUGCCUGGAAGAAUUUAAGGAAGAGCCAGUGCACACCGCUUUUUAUGAAUGCUUACAUAAUGAGAGGGGCACAGGCAGUAAUACACACCCACUCCAAGGCUGCUGUCAUGGCAACACUGCUGUAUCCCGGCAAAGAGUUCAGGAUAACACACCAGGAGAUGAUCAAGGGGAUUCGUAAGGGCACCUCAGGCACCAACUAUAGAUAUGAUGACAUUCUGGUCGUGCCUAUUGUUGAAAAUACACCGGAGGAAAAAGACUUAAAGGACCGGAUGGCCAGGGCAAUGGAGGAAUACCCCGACUCAUGUGCUGUCCUCGUCCGUCGACACGGCGUUUAUGUCUGGGGCGAGUCGUGGGAAAAAGCCAAGACCAUGUGUGAAUGCUACGACUACCUGUUCGACAUCGCCGUCCAGAUGAAGCAGUGUGGACUGGAUCCUUCUGCCCUCCCGACAGAAGAAUGGGAAUAAUUUGACAUUCACUGGCGCUUUUUAAAGAGACAUUUGUUGAAGAAAGGUCAGUGAAGUUCAAUCAGGAGAGUCUAUUGUAAUCAUUUGCCUUUCACGCCAGCCUGCUUCAGAUGUGAUGGUAAUGACAGAUCCAGGAGUGAAGGAGAUUGAAUGCCUGUGAUCCAGAAGCACCCGGAGGUACGCUGAAAAGCACUAUGGGACAACUCUUGAAUGAGCAGCGGGCAAAUAAAGGUCUUCAGGUUCAAAUGAUUUCCUAUUCAAGUUUGGCUGCACUGCAAUCAUGGUCCUGGUGCAUGUCAGGCCAUAAUAUAUAGUAUUGUGCAUCUCAAUUGAUCUAUGAUGGUGAUUAAAUGCCUUUCUUUAAUCUAUAAAAACUGAAGGGAUGUAGAUUGUGAGCCUAAAUUAUUUAUUAAUAUAAAAUCCAUCCUUCCAUCUUGUGCAUAUUGAAUCCGGGUCGCAGUCCAGACUUACUGCUCUCCUGAAAAAAGUUUUCAAGCUUUAAACAAUCUGAAUAAAUAAAAUGUAAACCAACUUUCCAUUUUGAAAAACGAUUUAUUUUGUCAUGCUCUUAUUUUAAAUGCAAUGCAAACAGAAACAAGCCCUGCUGUUUUGUUUAAGAAACAAAUGCAAUCUUAGUUUAUGAAUCCACAUUUUAGUUUCAAGCUAAUAAAGUACAGUAUGUCAUAUGUCAUACACACACACAUUUUUUUGUGAUCUGGUUAAUCACUUCAGUAAAAAUAGCACUGUUGUGUAACAGGCUCUUGCUGUUUCCAUGGACAUGGUGGGCUCAUCAGGCGAGUGCAUUUGUUGCAGGACCUCACAAUGCCUGUAGAUCUGAACACAUGCCCCCCAGUCUGUAUACGGUUUUCUCAUGAAAGCCAGAGGUGUUGUUCUGCUAACAAGCUUCCUCUGCUGACACCAUCCAUUGCUCCCACCACUGCACUCCCUCAAAACACUGCUGUGAAAUAUGCUGCAGGCUUAUUUGAAUAGAAAAAAAAGAAAUAGCAAAAUAAUAUUAUUUUUCGCUGUGCUCACACUGCCCAGAUUCUCCAUGUUCUGGUUAAUGAGGAAUUCUUGUAAAACCUUUUGUGAAAGAAAUAACACCAACCUGUAACAUUAACAUGACAAGCUCACAUUUAAAAAUCCUCCUCCUUGAACAAAUAAAAGUGAUAUUUUAGUUGUU